AUGGCCCCGCCGACCACUUCUCCCAUGCCCGAUCCCAAGCCUAACCAGGCUUACAUCGAAGUCUCAGCUCUCGAAGCUGGGACGAUGCACCUGCCCAUGCAUUUCUUUAUCAAGGACGCGGCGCCCGGCGAAGUCAGCAUAUGCCCAUCGCUCGCGUUCUCCCUGCGCCACGUCCCAUCGGGCACUCACCUCGUCUUCGACCUGGGCCUGCGUCGUGAUAUAUCCACGUACCCACUCGUCGUACAGGAGUACGCGAAGAAAUGGAUGCCGUACAGCGUUCCUCAGACCGUCGAUGAGUCCUUGCUCAAGGGCGGUAUCGACCCCAAGGACGUGCAGACCGUCGUGCUCAGCCAUCUGCACUGGGACCAUAUCGGCGAUGCAGAGCCAUUUUCCAACGCCACUUUCAUUAUCGGCGAAGCCAGUCGCGAGCUACUUGAGAAGGGAUAUCCUGGGGACCCCAAGUCCGACAUCCUCCAGUCCACCAUCCCCAUCGAGCGCACGCGCUUCCUGCCCGAGUCCGCCUUCGACACCGGCGUCGGGCCCUUCCCACGCGCACACGACUACUUCGGCGACGGCAGCCUUUACCUCAUCGACGCGGUCGGCCACCUCGCGGGCCAUAUCAACGUGCUUGCGCGCACUUCCCCUACGGGGUCGUGGAUCUACCUUGGGGCGGACUGCGCGCACGACACGCGGCUGCUGACGGGCGAGAAGGAGGUCGCGUUUAUGCUGGAUGCGCAGGGACACAUGCUCUGCGCGCAUGCGGACAAGGAUGCGGCUGUAGAGCAUAUCGGCCGCGUUGGGGCGCUGUUGAAGAUGCCGAAGGUGCAUGUCUUGCUUGCACAUGACUGGGAGUGGUAUGAGAAGAACAAGGGUGGGGAGGCGUUUCUGCCCGGAAAGAUUACGCCACUUUGA